UGACGCAUUAAGCAUAGCUUUUAUUUUACUUCCUUUUUGCAGGAACACCUCCAUUAAUAGGAUGCACAUACCUAGGUAUGAUCGGAUUCGGAGAGUUGUGAGGACGCGACUUCGCGAGGUUGCGUGGAGUCACGCGAUGCUGCGAAUGACAGAACUUUGCGAAUGCGCCUGCAUUCUUCAUGUAUUCUACAUUCUGCAAUCACCGUUCGAUCAUUUCCGCUUUCGAGAUAGCAACGUCCUCAACCGAACAAUAGACGCAUUUCAAGGCACGGAUACGGUUAUUCCUACGAUUCGUUCCGAGCGUCCUUUCUUCACUAUCCCGCACUACUAGUCAGUCCUCUUGCAUUCAAUCCUCACGCACCAAGCGCGGAAAGAUGUCCGAUCGAGAGCGAAUUCUCCAGGAGGAAAGGCUCAUAAAGAGCAUGAAAAAUAAGCUGCUCGCUUUGCCGGAAGAAUACAAAUACGAACGGUUGCGGGUUGGCUACCGCCCAGAGCAAGAUGG